AUGACCACCUCUCGUUUGCUCCUUAUCUUGCUUCAUUGCAGCCUCCUCGUUAGGGGAAACUUUGAAGAGACCAAGGAGCUCAACUUGAGGUAUCAACUCCCCCCAAUAUCCACUCCCCCUCCACAAAAAGCCCUCACCUACGAAGGUGAUGUGGAGGUAGCUGGAUUGACCACCCCCAAAGCUGAAGGCAGUAAUACGACCAUCUAUAUCAUCCUCGUCGUCGUCAACGCCCUCUUAUUGUGCUGUAUAGUUCUGGUUGCAUUCCAUUGCUUCUUCCACUGCUUCCAAUGGAUCGGUAAGAUGCUAUGCAUUGGGGUGUCCGAAAAGUCGCGUCAAGCGUGGCUCGAGAAGGAACUACAGCUACCACCAAUAACCAAGGACAGUGGUUCACCCACAGCAACGUCUACUAUUGUGGACGAUAUCGAGAUGCAACUCGAUGGAGAGAAUGAUUUCUAA